AUGUCCAAUUGUGUGGAGGCGAAGAAGAACGAAGUGUGCAAGCUCAAGAAGCUAGUAGAGAAAAGCAACAAUGUUGGCAGUGAAGACAUAGAAAAUCAAAAAAAGCCUUACAAGGCAAAGAGGGAGUACAUGAGCAGGGUCAGGAACAAGUUCCAGACCCGCGUCCUGGAGCUUGGCUACUCCUUCGUCUUCACGGACGUGGACAUCGUGUGGUUUGGGAACCCGCUGCUGCGGGUGCCGGUGGGCGCCGACGUCGCCAUCUCGUGCGACCAGUUCUAUGGCGACAACCCCUACGACGUGUGGAAGAAUGCCAACGGCGGGUUCCCGUACGCGAGGCCGAGCGCGAGGACGGUCGCCUUCUUCAAGGGGUGGUACGAGGCGAGGAGGGCGCACCCGGGCCAGCACGACAACUUCUGCCAGCACAAGAAGGACUUCCGGCAGCUCUGCACCUUCCACGGCAACUGCCUCAAGGGUCUGCCCAUGAAGCUGGGCCUGCUCCGGAGUCUCCUGGAUGAACGGAAGCAGUUCAAGAUCGCCGGGCCGCGGGGUGGGAGUACCAACAGUACCGUCUCAGAAUGA